AUUACUGAUUUAGCAAAUUUAGGAGAAGAAAAUUCCUCGUGUUUUACGAAUUCCAGCUUUUAAUUUUGUCUAAAUUCAAGCAUUAAGCUUUGCCCGCUGGUCCCUGAAUCAUGGGCUAAUGUCUGUCUUCCCCUCUCCCUUUCAGGCUUUCACUGUACUAAAAAUAAAACCAAACGGAAGAAAGAAGAGAAGAGAGGAAGAUAGCAGCCAAUCAAAAAGCAGCAAACUGACAAUAACCCAAAAUCAAUUCAACCGUAAAUCCAAAGUAAUCAUAAUCGUUUCAUUAAUCAAGUCUUAAAUCGUCCCAUCUCACCAAAUCAACCAACCCAGAAAUUAAAACCAAGAUUUGCUCUUAAAUUUCCAUAACUUUCUACUUCUUCUCCUCUCUCUAGCAGGAGUUUCAGGAGAGGGGCAAAAGAUGAAGCUUUCUGUGUUGCAGCAGAGCUACCUCAACCGUCGGAGCAACAGCUUCAGAUCAUCAGGACCGUUAGAUUCAUCUUCUGACAGCGCCAUUAAAUCGCCAGCCGCCAUAUUCUGGCUUGUCCUCCACGGUCUCUGUUGCUUAAUCAGCUUAGUCCUCGGCUUCCGCUUUUCUCGGUUAGUGUUCUUCUUUUUGUUCUCCACUUCUUCUACCAACUUCUAUACGUCGCCAUUUCGCUCCACUGCCGAACUUGCCAAAACCCUAGAUGUCCGCUCCGUUCUGUCCACCAACCCCGUCAGCAACAUCGAGUUGCCGUUGCUGAACAAGACGGCUAUGAAUUCGCGAGUGGUUGUCGGGCGGCAUGGGAUCCGGAUCAGGCCGUGGCCGCACCCGAACCCGAUUGAGGUCAUGAAGGCGCAUCGGAUCAUAGAAAGAGUUCAAAAGGAGCAGAGGUUCCAAUUCGGUGUGAAGGAUCCCAGGAGAGUUAUCGUGGUCACGCCGACAUAUGUACGGACUUUCCAAGCGCUACAUUUGACCGGUGUGAUGCACUCGCUAAUGCUGGUUCCGUACGAUCUGGUUUGGAUCGUGGUGGAAGCCGGUGGAGUCAGCAAUGAAACGGCGUCGCUUAUUGCAAAAUCCGGUGUGAAAACCAUCCACGUCGGAUUCAAUCAACGGAUGCCGAAUUCCUGGGACGAACGGAGUAAAUUGGAGUCCAAAAUGCGCCUUCGUGCUUUAAGAAUUGUAAGAGAGAAGAAAUUGGAUGGGAUUGUUAUGUUUGCGGAUGAUAGUAAUAUGCAUAGUAUGGAACUUUUUGAUGAGAUCCAAAAUGUGAAAUGGUUCGGGGCAGUUUCAGUUGGAAUACUUGUUAAUGCGGCUAAUACUGAUGAGACGGCGGAUCAGAAGAAGGAUGAAGAGGAGAAUGCUAGAAUGCCGGUUCAAGGUCCAGCUUGUAACGCGUCUAAUAUGUUGGCAGGAUGGCAUACUUUUAAUACAUUGCCCUUUGCAGGAAAAAGUGCCGUUUAUAUUGAUGAUAGAGCAACUGUGCUGCCUAGGAAGUUGGAGUGGUCAGGGUUUGUUUUGAAUUCUAGGUUGCUUUGGAAGGAUGGUGGAGAUAAACCGGAAUGGAUUAGGGAUAUUGAUAUGUUGGAUGGGGAUAUUGACAGUCCGUUGGGUUUGGUUAAAGACCCUUCGGUGGUGGAGCCACUUGGAAGUUGUGGACGUCAAGUUUUGCUCUGGUGGCUUCGAGUAGAAGCUCGUGCUGAUAGCAAAUUUCCUCCCAGAUGGAUAAUUGACCCACCUUUGGAGAUCACCAUCCCGUCAAAACGAACUCCAUGGCCUGAUGCUCCCCCUGAAUUCCCUGCUAAUGAAAAACCAGUGAUAGGCAUCCAAGAGCCCAUAGUGAAGCAUACUACAAAGACAAGAACAUCCAGAUCAAAACAUCGAAGUAAAAGAAAGCAUGAAACAAGAACAGACACACAGGUUUCAACAAGGCAUUCUGAACAAAACUAAAAUCAUUAGCUGGCAAUCAAUGCCUUGAGGAUUGGAAACAGCUGCGCCAAGAAAUUUGAUGGACAAGGGGGAAAUGCAGAUGGUCUUAUAGGUGUUGGGUACAUAUGGAUAGGCACCUCUCACAGCAACCCAGUUUAUACAUGCAUUUCUGUUUAAGUUCCUCCUGAAUUUCAACAAAUUUUUUUUCUUCUUUUCUUUUUCCCCAUCUAUAGUUUGUUGGGGUGAUUGAUAUAUCUGUUUCAUUGAGGUGUGUCAGCCAAGUCUUGCUCUCUUGCCUUGCGAGAAGCUUUGCAUCUGACAUGCUUAAGAUUUACAAAUUGAUACAUAAUCUUCUAAUAGGAAUUAUAUAGCUGUGUUCAAUCGUUGGUAUUUGGUAAAUACAACACCAGAAAUAAUAAAAUUUUCAUUCAUUUAUAGCUGUGGUAAACCUGAAAAUGGUAAACGAAAGAGAAAAAAGUCUCAAUAACGUCAUUCCCUGUGAAUUUUCUCUGUAGAAUGUAGAAAUUAAGCAAAUGGGCAAAAUGGAACGUGUAGGCGAAGAUGGUCUACUGGCGACCCAAAGUUUUUGAAGCCAAUGCCUUUGGCAGUAGGCGGUUGCCAACGUAAAGAAUCUCAAAA